AUGCCAGACCCAAAGUACAGCCACACCUCUUUUUCUCCACGUAGCUUUCCACUUUUUAGCACUCGCUUACAGUCUCCAAGCAUCCCUGAUCCCAAAGCAAGGAAUACAUGUGUAGUCUUGUCUGCAGGUCGUCAAGAUAUCCAACGUCAUCGAUUGCAAAUUGGUACGCAACACCUUGUCGAAGGUCGUGGGAUAAAAACGCCGAGGCUACUCAAAAGCAAUCAACUGCUUGAAAAGCCGCGCGUACACCAUCUAGCUAAGCUUCCAGUGAGGCCGCGUGGUGCGCUUCCUAUCGAUAAUUCAUUUGCUAAUGGAAAGCGGGAAGCAGUUCUUGUUGGAGAAAUCUCCACUGCUCCGAGUGCCAAAUCUGACCCGCAUCCAGACUCAAAGAAUGCGAGAUGUGCGGUGUCGUCAUCACCAUCCAAACAAGUUGUCUCUCUUGGCUGCGCCCCGGGUGAUCGCGCUGCCAUCAGUAGUGCAAACAUGUUUACCUCCCUUGAAGAAGUCUCCGACAUGGUUUGGGCUCCGCUUGAUGAGAAAGAGAAGGAAUAUCUUCAACAGUGCAAAGAAUUACCUGAUUUGUUUCGAUGCAUGUUCGAGGAGAUGCAACGGGUUGGACCCAGCAAAAUUUGUAACCGUGGCCCUUACGCCACCGCUGAAUGGAUGCUGGAAUGGCUAACAAAUGUUCAGGGGCAUCGUUGUAAUUCAGUUCCCGGGCUUGAUGAAUCGCUUAAGGACACAACAGGGUAUGAGAGCGAAAGUAAUUUAAGGGCGCUCGUAAAUAAGGAUAGUGAGGGUAUUGUCGCAUCAGAAGUUUUGGGUUUGAGUAGCAGCGGCGGCCUUAUGGACAUUCAACCCACGAAUUCAUCUCCCCAAGUAAUAAGUGAGCCGCAUCCUACUGUCAACAAAGUCGCUGUUUCUUGCUCACAAGAACUUGCUUGCACCUCUGUAACUUCAGCGGAUCAUUCCCCGAAUUCAUCAACCGUAUGGAGUAUUCCACCCGUAGUGGCUGCGCCAACCACGUGGCGUGGAAGGGCCUUCCCCGUGCUUAUCCAGUGCCCUCCACCCGACAGCAGCGGUAGCGUAGCGGCACCAGUUACCACAUCCUCCGAAGACCUAACCCCGUUCUGCACACCCAAAGAAGCUUCAUACUUGCCCUUUGAGUUGCGCCCCUCGCCUAAGGGGAGCUCCAAGAGCCUUUCUGAGAUGGAUGAUCAAAGUUUUUUGAAUCGCCUACAGUGCUGCCUCAAACGCUUAGGUGAGGAAGGCACUUCCGAAUCCGAGACGGAGUCAUAUUCUGCGUCCUUAAAUGCAACCAGUACAAUCCCGAGCACGUCAAGGCCCCUGCGAUCUUCCAUCGGGAUCGAUAUCCUAAUCUGUAGCAAGAGUACGAAUCCGGACGAUCCUAUCGACACCGCGGACUCAAGCGUGCUAGAUGCUGUCAAACAAGCACACGGUGGUGACAAUCACCGGGAGCGAUCGCCCCCAAUGGUCCACCCCGUCCCUCUCGCCGCGGCAGGCUCGUCCUCCGGCUUGUUCUCGGUCCUUCCCCAGGCCCAACCGCCGCGGCACUCGACUGACACAAUUGCGCCGGAGACGUUGAGGAUGUCACCCCGAACGAAGCAGGCCGGCCCCGGCGAGUGCGGCUCCUCCAAGAGUGACGAGAUUCCCGGCAGCGUGAGGUUGCGGCCGCCGCACCCCGUUCAGCUCGCCGCGUCCGCGGGCCCCAGUGCGCACGCGAAGGGCAUCGCGAGUCAGCGGGCCCCUGCUCCCCCUCCUUCCCCUCCUUCACACUCCCACUAG